UCUCUGACCCCAGUGGCAGCUCCGACUCACUGCACUCCGGCUCCCCCUCCGUCAGACCGAAGCUGCUCUCUCUCUCUCUUUCUCUCCCCCCCCUCUUGUCUGUCAGUGUCUCUCGUCCUCCUCUCCGGCUUUUACCCCCUGCGCUCUCUUGUUGUCUGGUUUCUUUCCACAGGAGCCAGCAGAGGUCCCGCCGGGUCGAAGGUUCAGCCCUGUUCGCCUAGACUGCCACAACCCCCGGACGGCCGCGUACGAAUCUGCCCGCUCUAGUGCUGCUGCCGCAUGGACCCGCGUCCCUCCGCCGCCGCUUCCUCCGCCGCCGCUGCGUAGAGGGCGACCCCGACCCGACACUCUUUUCUCCGGCCACAGAAAACACGCACAAAAAAAAAAACCCACACGACGAAGGAGGUCUGGUAUAAAACGCCUGUCAAGCCCACAGUGGCCACUUUACUAUCAGUUAGGGAGGUCAGACAGGAGGGAGGCUCAGGGUGCAGGGAGACGCACAGCGGAUCCGAGUGCAGCGUGUUGUGGUCGAGUCGGUCGGCCAGGUCAUUGCUGCUGCUGCUCGUGCUGCUGCAGGGAGGCUUCCUGGGCUUCUGGAGAGCGGCUCUGAAGGAUGACCGCCGCACAGCUCACUGCUGAAUCCCGGUGAACGAACGGCGUCUCAUGUCCAAACGGUGGAAGAAUGGCUCAUGGCAAAGUGACCAUCACGUUGGACGAGUACAGCUCCAACCCCACACAGGCCUUCACACACUACAACAUCAACCAGAGCCGCUUCCAGCCCCCACACGUCCACAUGGUGGACCCUAUUCCUUAUGACACUCCCAAGCCAGCAGGACACACCAGGUUUGUGUGUGUUUCAGACACACACUCACGCACAGAUGGCAUCCAAAUGCCCUAUGGCGAUGUGCUGCUGCACACAGGCGACUUCACUGAGCUGGGCCUGCCCUCAGAGGUUAAGAAGUUCAACGACUGGCUAGGUGGCCUACCGUAUGAGUUUAAGGUGGUAAUUGCCGGGAACCACGAGCUGACCUUCGAUAAGGACUUUAUGGCUGAGCUGGUCAAGCAGGAUUACUACCGAUUCCCUUCAGUGUCCAAACUCAAACCAGAGGACUUUGACAAUGUCCAGUCACUCCUCACAAACUGUGUGUACCUGCAGGACUCAGACGUCACCAUAAAGGGAUUCCGGAUAUAUGGGACACCAUGGACUCCGUGGUUUAACGGCUGGGGGUUCAACCUGCCUCGAGGACAGUCUCUGCUGGAUAAAUGGAACCUCAUCCCUGAUGGCAUCGACAUCCUGAUGACCCACGGACCUCCACUCGGUUUCCGAGACUGGGUGCCUAAGGAGCUGCAGCGGGUUGGCUGCGUAGAGCUGCUCAACACAGUCCAGAAGAGGGUGCGACCCAAGCUUCAUGCCUUCGGAGGCAUACACGAAGGGUACGGGAUCAUGACAGACGGCUACACGACGUUCAUCAACGCGUCGACCUGCACCGUCAGCUUCCAGCCCACCAACCCCCCUAUCGUGUUCGACCUGCCCAACCCUUCCAGCUCCUGAGAGCAGAGGACGGGGGGUGGGGAGGGUCAAGGGCUGGAUAAACGACUUCUUUUCAAUAAAUAUGUCAAGUUUAAAAAAAAACAAAAAAAAAAACACUAAUAAGUGGUUCUUUGCAAACUUUUAAUCUUCUUCAGGCCGUUGUGAGACAGAGAAGAUUUAAAGAUGUAGGGUGGGGAGUGUGUGUGGGAGCGUUAAAGGAGAAUACCGUUGGGGUUUUUUUUGUUUUUUAAGCUUGUGCCAGCAGUCCCGGUCUCCCUCUCAGAUUUUUGUUUAUCUGCACGCGGUCAGAAUAGUUGCAGAUAUCAGGGCCUGUUUUCCUCCAGAAUGUUUUUUGCCAUUGUUCAAUAUGAGCAACGGCUUUGACAGAGCAAGAUAAUCCUUGAACAAACUUUCUUUUGUCCUGAUUUGACUGUGCAGAGUUGAGUGUUUUUAUGUCGGCGCAGCCUCAUUUCACACUCCGCUUCCUGUCAGCCACGGGAAGAAUUAAUCCUUCAGAAACAUGUUGCCUUAGUGCAGAACGGCAGACGAGAACAAUGCUUUCAGCUCACGCGCUCUUAAAACACUACUUGACCACAGGGAAGAAAACUGUGAUCUCAAAUUGAUUUCCUUUUUUUUUUUUUUUUUUUUUUUUUCUUUGUAUUACAAAGUUAAACACUAGGAAUAUUCUCUUUCAGGCCUUCCUUACCAUCACAUUCACACGUCUUUGAGUGUGUUUGUUAGGCAACAGCAGCAAUUUGGAAUAUUUGAAUUAUUUUUAAAUAUUUUAAAGUCUAAAUGGCUGCAAAUUUGGAGGGACUGCUAAGCUAUGAGCCUGGCUGAUACUGGUAUUCUCCUUUUCAGGGGGAUUUUGUGAUUAAACAAUCUUGCUCUUGAUAAAUAUUGGUCAGAUCUGUAAAAUAAAUGAUGCUAUGUGAAUUUGUAUAAUUUUUUUUUUUUUUUUUUUUUUUAAUGUUUGGUUUGUGUUAACCAGACAAUGCAUACCAUGGAUGUGUCGUCAUGAUAUUUUUCAUGUUUGGGUUCUUCUUGUUUGUUUAACUUCUCGUCAGUUCCUCUUUUCUUUCUUAUUGGCUGACAGGGACGCUGCCUUAAACUAGCUUUAAUGUUCUCAGCUAGAGCCCCCUUCUCUGCGAGCUCAGAGAAAAAGUCCUUAUUUAUUACCCAUCAUCCCCGCAAAACAACACCUGACUAACGCAGGGACAGAAAGCUAUCCAGUUACAGCCGUAAAAAUUCCCUUUGUAUCAUCCCAUUAUGGAUUUCUGAUCUGAUUUGGAAAAUGUAUGUAUAAAAAAAAUAUAUAUAUUAUAUAUUCAUGUUGUAAAACAUCUGUACUAAAAGUUGUGUUUGAAAAAAAGGUGCAUUUUUUUUUCCUGUAUGAUUAUCAUGUUUCUUUAAUUCUCUCAUCAAAAACUCUUGGAAAAAGUUUCUUUAAUGAUUUUUGUAUCAAUUCUCCCAGUAGGGUAGUAUUUUGGAUGAGAGAGGAAAAUUUGUCAGUCACAAUCCAACAGGUGCUGAUUGUUCCCAGCAACACACCUGCCUAAACACUAAACAUGGUUACGUUCUUCUUUGAAGUGUAAAUCUGAUAGUAUUUGUGUUUUAUUGCUUUUUUUUUUUCUAAUUUUGCACUGUGUGUAAACGCAAUCUUGCUAGCACAAAAAAAAAAAAGUUGCCAAUAGUUGUCUCAACUUUGCCGCUGUAAAUGCUCUUUUCGUGCUGUUCCUCUCUCGCUAUUUCUGAUUGUAUCCCUCUUCAUGGAAAUGUUAGUUCUCUCUUUCAGUUCAUUGUGAUAUAUUUAGCUGCCUUUAUAUGCAAAUAAAAUUGCAAGAUUUUUACUUAUGAAACUC